AUGCCUGAUUACCCGUCUGCCAACCUCUGUGACUUUGUAGUCUCAUCAGAGAUAUGGACUCUCCUCAGAGACGCAGAUUCCAAACCUAUAUGUCCCAACCUUCGCCACGUAACCCUUAGGGAGGGUUGGCACAUUUACAUUCAAGAUCCCAUUCCUAUCCGCCCCUUUCUCAGCCCGAGUGUACAAUAUCUCUCUAUCCGUCUCCACCAUUACCGGCAACAGGUGCCGGACGGCGUAGAGACGGGAUCCUCCGCCGCAGUUCUCGAAUUCAAAGACCUGCUCACCAAUCUCCCGCUCAUCUGUCCUGAUUUGCGCAAGUUGAAUAUCAAGACUCCCCUCUCCUUAUAUUUUCAGGAAGCCGUUUUGCAAACCGUGCAAGGACUAUCGAGCCUCACAUCCUUUCAAUCGGACGGUAUUCCCCUCCCCCCGAUGGGUGUUGCAGCGCUAUCCUCUCUGCCAAACCUGACCAUCGCCAAAAUAUCUCUGCGAGCUGCAGACUACACAGCUCAGCUCAUGGCACAAACCCCGCCUUCUACCGUCUCCUUCCCCACUCUCCGAGAACUUGACAUCGAAGCGGACACCGCCGAAUGUGUGGCGGCGCUGCUCGGUUGGUCUAUCGUAGACCCUCCAAAACUAACUCACCUUUGGGUCCAGGCCACCCUUACGCCCAAGGACACCCCGGCACAAUUUCUAACUAUCACGACUGCUAUAUCCACAACGCGUUGCCGCUACACGCUGGAACAGAUCGCUCUUUUCACGGACAUCCCGUGGGUCAAUGGUCACAACCCCUGGGUUGACGAUCUCCCCCCUUCCACCGUCGCGCCUCUCUACAACCUCUCUCAACUCACCUGUCUUCGCAUAAAAGGGUAG